AUGAGUGACAGGAAGGUUGUUUUGGUUACGGGUUGUGCUAAAGGCGGAAUUGGCUAUGAAUACUGCAAGGCGUUUGCGUUGCAAAACUGCCACGUGAUCGCGUCUGAUAUACCACAACGGAUGGAUGACUUAGCUGAAUUACACGAAGACCAAAUCGAGACGUUAGAGCUUGAUGUUUUAUCGGAUGAAAGUGUUUCAUCGGCCGUGAAGAGAGUAAUAUCCAAUCAUGGCCGGAUAGAUGUGUUGAUCAAUAACGCUGGGAUAGGAAGCACUGGCCCACUAGCCGAGCUCUCUUUGAAUGAGAUCAAAAGGGCCUAUGAGAUCAACACAUUGGGACAACUUAGAAUGGUGCAACAAGUAGUGCCAUCAAUGGCUUCACGAAAAAGCGGGGUCAUAGUCAAUCUUGGGAGUGUGGUUGGGAAAGCUCCCACGCCUUGGGCCGGAUCAUAUUGUUCUACCAAAGCCGCGGUUCACGCAAUAUCCCACACGCUUCGGUUGGAACUAAAACCCUUUGGAAUUAAUGUAGUUUUGGUAAUACCCGGGGCUAUAAGAUCAAAUUUAGGGAGCCACAACGCGGGGCAGUUAUCGAAUUAUAAUUGGGAACUUUACAAAGAUUUUAGCAAAGAGAUAGCCGAGCGCGCUAGAGCUUCGCAAGUUGGUAAAUCCACUGAUGCAACGUUAUUUGCGCGUCAUAUUGCAAAAAAAGUUUUGAGCCCAAAACCGCCUAAGCAAAUAGUGUUUGGUCAUAUGACAUCUCUAUUCGCGUUCCUUUCGGUCACCCCGCUUUGGGUUAGAGAUCUGUUUUUCACAAAACGGUUCAACCUAGACAAGAAGAUUGUAUGAUCAUUUUGAUGUUUAAAUGUUAAUGUUGUAUUUCAUGUUUUAUGGGUGUUUAAUGUUAUAACAUAAAUGGGUGCUUUUGCCUGUGUACCAUCUUGUUAAACAACAUUAGUGUUUCUUGCAGAAUUUAUAAAUU